UCUCUGCGAUAGGGGCGGGGCGCUCCGUUCGUUGAAAAGGCGGCGCUCACGCACUCGCGCGAACCGGUGUCCAGCUGUUUUCUGAUCCCUGUGUGGGCUAUAAGGUCCCAUCGAUCGGGCAAUUUAAAGAUUAACGAGAGAGACAGAGUGAUGGACAGCGUACGGGCUCCCGUUAGACAAGUUCGACCUUAAUUUAGGAGCGGCCUGGACAUCGCUUUUAUACACAACUUUUAACUCGACAGAAACUUUCACUCCCUGCUUCCUCGUUUUAUUUGAAACCGGUGUUGGGUAGCGGUCAGUUUCUCGGGGUUCUUCUGUCCCACCUCCGGUGUGGUGACGGUUGGAAGGAAACGCGUGGAUUGAACAUGGGCUGGCGGUGGUGCCGGGGGCUCGCGCUGUUGCUGCUGGUGCUGGUUCCCCAGGUGCGCGGGGGGAAGGACGCGGAACUGUACUGCGGAGUUUGCAGGGCAUUAGUAGAUGAAAUAGACUGGGCAGUUAAGAAAGUGGAUCCAAAAAAGACUAUUCAAGUGGGAUCUUUCCGAAUUAGUGCUGAUGGCUCUCAAAAACCAAAUGAGAUUCCAUAUGCUAGAUCAGAGACCCAUUUACUUGAACUCCUUGAAACUGUAUGUUCAAACAUGGAUGAUUAUGCACUGUAUGUGGAUCCAGAGACCCAGAAGAAGACUUAUAUGAGAUUUGCUCCGAGGGACUCUGAGAAACUGGGUUCAGUAGAUUUUAACAAUUUCAAGUUUGAUCCUGAAAAUUCAAAAUCGCUAAAGUUUGUGUGUGAAAGCAUAGUGGAAGAAUACGAAGAAGAAAUCAUUUCUCUGUUCGUCCAUGAGGCAGACCAUGUGGUUGACAAGCUAUGCAGCGAGAAAUCAGAGAUGUGUGAUUCAUCCAGACAAACUCUUCACUCUGAUCUAUAAUCCUACAAGGAACUGGUGCAUAUCAAGUUGGAAUGGUAGAUUUAUAAAGGACUGCAUCAACAGCUGCCAAAUUUACACUGGACCAGGACUGCUGCUCUGAAUUUGUUGUCUCCUGUUCAAGAACAUUAAUUUGGAUAUUUUCAUUAUGGCUGUAUCUUAAGAUCAUUCUUGAUCUGUUCUACUGUUUUCAUAUUACCCACAAUUUAUUAGAGAUUUUAUAACUGAGUCAUUUGGAUUAAAUUGAUAUCUACCACCUGAAAGAUUUUUAUAUUAACACGAGAACCAGAAAAUAACACUUGCUGUGUUUUUCCCUCUUUUUGUUCAAAUUAAGUCAGCAAUGAUUUUUUUCUAGGUUUAUUUUCAAUUUUAUAAUCUAUACUUCCAAAUAAAAUUAUUCUAAAUUGAUGAAUUUUUUUUCAUUUUAUGUUAGUUAUUGGGAUUCAAUUUUUCCUUGCAGAGCAUAAAUUCAACAAAAAAAGUUAGUCAACUAAUCUCCAACUACCCCCAAAAUUGAACUUUUAUGUUAUCUUCAGAUUGUUCUACAAACUUUUAAACUGGGUAUGAAGUUCCCUUUCCCUUCGCAACUUGUCUAUUUGAUAUUCCUGCCCAAAAUUAAAGAAUUCUGUUGAGCCACAACGAAUAUCACAUCACACUGUGCAGAAGCCCUUUUUAUCUGCAAAGUAUAAAUUUUCAUUUUUCAAUUAAAAAUUCUUCAUUGUCUUAGCUCCAGUUUUAUUUUAAUUUGUAAUCAUUUGUCAACAUUUUUGUGAUACCAGGCUGAAUCUGAUUAAAAUCUGCAACGUGUUUACAAUCCACUUAGCACAAAAUUAUUUUUAAAGUCUCAGAACAUUUGAUUGUGGUUUAUUCCAACAUGUAUUUUUUUUUCGUGGUUUAUAACGAUCUGCACUCUUUCAAUUUCUGGUGCUUUUAAACUUUUCUUCAAUUAUUGUUAAUUGUUGGUGAGGCUGUUUGUACUGCUGAUUUUGAAACAUUACAUGUUUUACUAGAAAACUUUCCCUCAAAUUUGAUUUGUUUUCAGUGAAGCACACAUCUUUAGCGGGCACGAUUUUUUUAAUGCACUGUUCAGUGAAUUAGAAUAAAAGGAAGACAAUG